GGCUCUGCCUUUUCUCGCCGCAGCCCACCUCCAGUUUUCUGUGGCCCGCGGUCCGCCGCCCCGCUAGCCGCCGCGAUGCCGGUGUUUCAUACGCGCACGAUCGAGAGCAUUCUGGAGCCGGUGGCGCAGCAGAUCUCGCACCUGGUGAUCAUGCACGAGGAAGGCGAGGUGGACGGCAAAGCCAUUCCUGACCUCACCGCUCCCGUGGCCGCGGUACAGGCGGCCGUCAGCAACCUGGUCCGGGUUGGAAAAGAGACUGUCCAAACUACCGAGGACCAGAUUUUGAAGAGAGACAUGCCACCAGCAUUUAUUAAGGUUGAGAAUGCUUGCACCAAACUUGUUCAGGCAGCCCAGCUGCUGCAGGCAGACCCCUACUCAGUGCCAGCUCGGGAUUACCUAAUCGAUGGAUCAAGAGGCAUCCUCUCCGGCACAUCAGACCUGCUCCUGACCUUUGAUGAGGCUGAGGUUCGUAAAAUUAUUAGAGUUUGCAAAGGCAUUUUGGAAUAUCUUACAGUGGCAGAAGUGGUGGAAACUAUGGAAGAUUUGGUCACUUACACAAAGAAUCUUGGACCAGGAAUGACAAAGAUGGCCAAAAUGAUUGAUGAGAGACAACAGGAGCUCACUCACCAGGAGCACCGAGUGAUGCUGGUGAACUCAAUGAACACCGUCAAAGAAUUGCUGCCUGUUCUCAUUUCAGCUAUGAAAAUUUUCGUAACAACUAAAAACUCAAAAAACCAAGGAAUAGAAGAAGCUUUGAAAAAUCGCAAUUUUACUGUCGAAAAGAUGAGUGCCGAAAUUAACGAGAUCAUUCGCGUGCUGCAACUCACUUCUUGGGAUGAGGAUGCCUGGGCCAGCAGGAAGGACACGGAAGCCAUGAAGCGAGCAUUGGCCUCCAUAGACUCCAAACUGAACCAGGCCAAAGGCUGGCUGCGGGACCCCAGUGCCUCUCCAGGAGAUGCUGGUGAGCAGGCCAUCAGACAGAUCUUAGAUGAAGCUGGGAAAGUCGGUGAACUGUGUGCCGGCAAAGAGCGCCGAGAGAUCCUGGGCACCUGCAAAAUGCUAGGGCAGAUGACCGAUCAGGUGGCCGACCUCCGAGCCAGAGGACAAGGCUCGUCGCCAGUGGCCAUGCAGAAAGCCCAGCAAGUGUCGCAGGGUCUGGAUGUGCUCACAGCGAAAGUGGAAAACGCAGCCCGUAAGCUGGAAGCGAUGACCGACUCGAAGCAGAGCAUCGCCAAGAAGAUGGAUGCUGCGCAGAAUUGGCUUGCAGAUCCAAAUGGUGGACCCGAAGGAGAAGAACAAAUCCGAGGGGCUUUGACUGAAGCCCGGAAAAUAGCAGAAUUGUGUGAUGAUCCUAAAGAAAGAGAUGACAUUUUGCGUUCCCUGGGAGAAAUCGCUGCCCUGACUUCGAAAUUGGCGGAUCUACGAAGACAAGGGAAAGGAGAUUCCCCGGAGGCCCGGGCACUGGCCAAACAAGUGGCCACGGCCCUGCAGAACCUGCAGACCAAAACCAAUAGGGCUGUGGCCAACAGCAGACCCACCAAAGCAGCUGUCCACCUGGAGGGCAAGAUUGAGCAAGCCCAGCGGUGGAUUGAUAAUCCCACAGUGGACGACCGGGGCGUAGGUCAGGCUGCCAUCCGGGGACUUGUGGCCGAAGGGCAUCGUCUAGCUAAUGUCAUGAUGGGGCCCUAUCGUCAAGAUCUCCUUGCAAAGUGUGAUCGAGUGGACCAGUUGACAGCCCAGCUGACUGACCUGGCUGCCAGAGGGGAAGGGGACAGUCCUCAGGCGAGAGCACUUGCGUCUCAGCUCCAAGAUUCCUUAAAGGAUCUGAAAGCCCAGAUGCAGGAGGCCAUGACCCAGGAGGUUUCGGACGUCUUCAGUGAUACCACAACGCCCAUCAAGCUGUUGGCCGUGGCAGCCACUGCCCCUCCUGAUGCACCUAAUAGGGAAGAGGUAUUUGAUGAGAGGGCAGCUAACUUUGAAAAUCAUUCCGGAAGGCUUGGUGCCACUGCAGAGAAGGCGGCUGCUGUUGGAACUGCCAACAAAUCCACCGUGGAGGGCAUCCAGGCGUCCGUGAAGACGGCCCGCGAGCUCACACCUCAGGUUGUCUUGGCCGCACGCAUCUUACUUCGGAAUCCUGGAAAUCAAGCAGCUAGUGAACAUUUUGAGACUAUGAAGAACCAAUGGAUUGAUAAUGUUGAAAAAAUGACAGGGCUGGUGGACGAAGCCAUCGAUACCAAAUCUCUGUUGGAUGCUUCGGAAGAAGCCAUUAAAAAAGACCUGGACAAGUGUAAAGUGGCCAUGGCAAACAUUCAGCCGCAGAUGCUGGUCGCUGGAGCAACCAGCAUUGCUCGUCGGGCCAACCGGAUCCUGCUGGUGGCCAAGAGGGAGGUGGAGAACUCCGAGGAUCCCAAGUUCCGUGAGGCUGUGAAAGCAGCCUCCGAUGAACUGAGCAAGACCAUCUCUCCGAUGGUGAUGGAUGCAAAGGCCGUGGCGGGCAACAUUUCUGACCCUGGCCUGCAAAAGAGCUUCCUGGACUCGGGAUAUCGGAUCCUGGGAGCUGUAGCCAAGGUCAGAGAAGCUUUCCAACCUCAGGAGCCUGACUUCCCGCCUCCUCCCCCAGACCUUGAACAGCUACAGCUAACAGAUGAACUUGCGCCUCCCAAACCACCUCUACCUGAAGGUGAGGUCCCUCCGCCUAGGCCCCCACCACCAGAGGAGAAGGAUGAAGAAUUCCCUGAGCAGAAAGCAGGGGAGGUGAUUAACCAGCCAAUGAUGAUGGCUGCCAGGCAGCUCCAUGAUGAAGCUCGCAAAUGGUCCAGCAAGCUGGGGAACCCAGCCGCAGAGGUGGGUAUAGGUGUUGUAACUGAGGCAGAUGCUGCUGAUGCCGCUGGGUUCCCUAUCCCCUCUGACAUGGAAGACGAUUACGAACCCGAGCUGCUGGUAAUGCCAUCCAAUCAGCCAGUCAACCAGCCCAUUCUGGCCGCGGCUCAGUCAUUGCACCGAGAAGCUACCAAGUGGUCUAGUAAGGGCAAUGACAUCAUUGCAGCAGCCAAGCGCAUGGCCCUGCUGAUGGCUGAAAUGUCUCGUCUGGUAAGAGGGGGCAGUGGCACCAAACGGGCACUGAUCCAAUGUGCCAAGGACAUUGCCAAGGCAUCAGAUGAGGUGACUCGGCUGGCCAAGGAGGUUGCCAAGCAGUGCACAGAUAAGCGGAUUAGAACCAACCUCUUACAGGUGUGUGAGCGAAUCCCAACUAUAAGUACCCAGCUCAAAAUCCUGUCCACAGUGAAGGCCACUAUGCUGGGCCGGACCAACAUUAGCGAUGAGGAGUCUGAGCAGGCCACAGAGAUGCUGGUUCACAAUGCCCAGAACCUCAUGCAGUCUGUGAAGGAGACUGUGCGAGAGGCAGAAGCAGCUUCAAUCAAAAUUCGAACAGAUGCUGGAUUUACCCUGCGCUGGGUUAGAAAGACUCCCUGGUAUCAGUAGAUCUCAGGCCAAAUUUGUGGUACAGAAACUCGUAGUAAACACACGGAAAAUUAUCUAAUCCCAGCAGUCAUCCAGAAAGGGAUUACACUUUUGUCACGGAGGACAUCUUCAAACUGUCUCCAUAGACAGCCUGUAUUCUUAAACACAGUUUUAUUUGUGCACUCUGUCCCAACAGGCCGACUGGGUUUCUUAGUCAUUGGGACUUCACAUAAGCUCAGAAUCUAAGGCGCGAACACUCACUCUUCUCUGCCCGUCCUCUAGGGGGCUGUUCCCUCAGAGAAACCUCUCUGCUUCCUAUUCCCUGCCUCCAUUUCCCUCUUGAGGGCACCUAAAACUCAGGCCCCCUGGCAAGUCAGUUAAAAAGGAAAUCACUGUGCCUCCAAAAAUGUUUUGGGCUUUCCACAUUGCCACUAAACCCGACUACCUUCCUUGGGCAGUAUUACAUGUGUCAUUUCCAAAAAUGAGCCUCCUUGCAGCAGGGGAGGUAGCCUCUGGGGAUCUCCAGUACAUGAGGCCUGGAUUUAUUUUCUGCCCUUCCCCAAUUUAACCCUUCUGGUUUCCAACUGUACAAAACCGAAUUUCAUUGUCAGGAGGAAACCAUAUGAUUGUCUUCAACAUGCCCCAGGGCACUAUCUGUUCUAGAGAAAUCCCUGCCGUGGCCUACUAAGGUGGUCACUGCAGAACACACUGUGUGUCCUGGUGCUGUCUCCCACCGAAGGGGCAGAGUGGCUAGGGGGUGGCUUUGCCCAUCCUCAGUGGGGCACUCCUGGGUGCUCCACACCUUCACUGCCUGCAGUCUGUGCUGAGGCCUUAUCUACAUCCUACGCUCUCCUUUCUGAGCUGAAAUGCUGCAUUUAAUUUUAACAAAUCAUGUUUCCUAUCCUUUAGUCUUUUCCCCUCACCAGUUCUUAAACGAGAUUUUAAAGGUAUGUAGGUGUUUGCUCAUCUGUAAUUUUGAAAGAUUCGUUUUAUCAUUUUGAAAUUGUCCCAACAAUUGGUGCUUACCUUUUAAGAGUGUUUAAUGGAGGGUCUAAGGGGGAGCAGAUGCUGCAGAUCAAAUGCUGGCACUGCUAGAUUUACACGAUGAACCACUGGGGAGAACUCCUGCAAUUCCUACUUCCUUUCAACUAUAACUAACCCCCUUCCAUCUCCUGUCCAAGUCUGGUUGGUUGAGAGAUUAAAGGGUAUAAUGUUUAAUUAUAGCCAUAAGUUUCCUAUGUGGUAAAACGAGAAAUCAUUUUUCUUUCUUUUUUUGUACUUACCACUGCUAUGCAUUUCCCAGCACAUGAAAGGAUGUUAUUGGAAGCUUCCCAAAGCCAGAACCCGAGUAAGAGAACCCUUUAGCCUGAAUGUCCUUCCCUCCUGCCCCCAAUGUGUAUUAGAGCCCAAUAUCAAACGUGUAAAACUUGUCUUAUGAUGGUCCUGAACGCUCAAGACUUCUGAACGUUAGUUUCAAGGUUCUCAGCAUAGUUGUAUAGUUGCUUAACUGGUAUAAAUGCAAUAUGAAUGCCUUUAAGUAUGAAUCUAUGCCAAAGAUCACCUUUUGUUUUACUAAAGAUGACUUAGAGGAAAUAUCAGAUGUCUCCCAGUUCUUCCAGGGUCUCGAGCCACUGGUUUGCACUUUAUGCCGGAUGUGCUCUUUUGCAAUAUUAGUGCUCAAGAUACAUUGAAACAAAGGAAAAAAACAAAUUAAAUCCCUGAAUGAUUAGCUAUGUCACCCCUAAAAGAUUACAUUUAUAAACUACAGUUUGUUAUAUGCAAAUAUUUUCAGCCUCUUUUGUUCUGUUUGAAACAAUAAAGUGCAUUUGUAUAAAUA